AUGAAAAAUCUGAUUGUGAGUAAGAGGUUAUGUGCUAUGGGGAUUUUAGAAACAAGAGUAAGGCCAGUUAACUUUGAUAAGGUGUGGAGGAGUUGUAAGCUUCCUAAUUGGAAUGUCAUAAAUAAUAAUAGCUUUUCUGAAUUAGGCAGAAUCUGGAUUGUUUUUAAUCUUGUUGUAAUUCAAAUAAGUAAUGUUACUUACUCAGCCCAAUGUAUUCAUUGUGACGUCAAAUGGGAGGAUAAUGAGUUAUUUUGGUCUGUUGCUUAUGGAUCAAAUGAUGAGCAUACCAGGAAAGAUCUUUGGAGGAAGCUAAAAAAUUUUAGAUCUCAUAACAAAGGAGCUUGGUUGGUCAUGGGAGAUUUUAAUGCUAUCUCUAAUGCAGGGGAAAAAAUUGGGGGCAAUGACAGUUUUGAACAUAGUGGAGAGGAGUUUCUACAAUGCAUUAAUGACUGUAAUCUCAGUGAACUAAAGAAAUCUGGGUGUGAAUUUACCUGGACUAACAAUCAAGCUGGAGAAGCCAGAAUCUGGAGGAAAUUAGACAGGGCUUUGAUUAACUAUGAGUGGUUAGAUAGAUAUGGAGAUUCAGACUAUGUGGCUCUAAAUACAGGGGUUUCUGACCACUCCCCUUUGAUAGUCUCUAUUAACAAGAAAGAGGCUUGGAAUAUGGAGGUUGCAGGGUGUGCCAUGUUCAGACUGGUGCAGAAGCUUAAAAAUUUAAAAACCAGAUUAAAAGAUCUAAACCUCAACCACUUCUCUGGGAUAUCUCUUAAAGUUAAGGAGAGUAGGAAGCUACUAGAGGAGUUACAGAACAAUCUUCAGAAGAAUCCUUUAAAUGAGGACUUGCUUUUGGAGGAAAGAGCAGUUUCUAUUCAUUAUAGGAAUUGUCUAUGUGCAGAAGAAAAGUUUCUUAAACAAAAGUCUAGAAUCUCUUGGUUGAAGCUAGGAGACAGCAAUAAUAAAUUCUUCCAUAACUCUGUUAAAGUCAGAAGAUGUAGAAACAGAAUUACAAAUCUUAUUGAUGCUAAUGGAAAUGAGCUGAAGUCUCAGGAAGAUAUAAGCUCUGCAAUGGUUGAUUUUUAUGAAAAAUUAUUCGGGAAGUCUAAUCAGAGAAUGCACAUAGAUCCCAACAUCAUUGAUAGAGGUCCUAAACUGGGAGAGAAUGACUUUAUCAGUUUUGUUUUAGAAGUUACCUCAGAAGAGAUUAAAAAUGCUAUGUUCUCCAUAAAUGGGGAAAAAGCCCCAUGGCCAGAUGGAUACUCCAGUCUGUUCUUUCAGAAGAAUUGGGCUAUAGUGGGUGGAGAUGUCAUUGAAGCUGUGAAGGAGUUCUUUUAUACAGGAAAGCUGCUAGGUCAGGUGAAUGCUACUUCUCUUUCCAUUAUCCCUAAAACCUCCUCUCCUAGUAGUUUAAAUGAUUAUAGACCGAUAGCUUGCUGUAAUGUCCUCCAGUGUGCUUUUAUCCCAGGAAGAAGGAUAAUUGAUAAUGUCCUUUUGGCUCAUGAGCUUGUGCAUGACUACCAUAAUGAUAGGGGUGUAGCAAGUUGUGCCAUGAAAGUAGAUCUAAGGAAAGCUUAUGAUACAAUUGAGUGGGAUUUUCUAGAGGAGAUGUUGCUGGGACUCCAUUUUCUUAGGAGGUUUAUUGACUAG